AUGGUGGUGGUACAUAGUGUUGGAAAUGGUGUGGAGCUGUGCUCAUGCCCGAUACAAUACCAGCGAGGAGAGGAAAUAACUUCCCGUCGCUUGCCACUACCACCCUCAGAAAACGGUACGACGCAUGACCAGUCUAGCGAAGAUCUUAAAAUGAACGUUGCAGCCGUGCAGAAUAUCUCGACCGGAGCCAGUGUGGCUCUAAACACGAAACUAAAUACUCACACAUUUGGCAGGGAGGGCAUGAUUGCGAACGAUGAGACCAAUGCCCGAACGUAUGCCACUUCAUGUAAAGUCAUUCAAAGCCGCAUCGAGAAGGCCUCAUUUUCUAUGACGCAUCUCAAAGCACCGGAUCACCUCUAUCGUCAUACCUCGGCCUUUUGCCCUGUGGAUGUCACUUCUGCAAGGAAACCAACCAAGCCCCCUGCGCUUUAUUUGAUGGAAUUAAAUCAGAAGGGCGCGUCGGAGAACACGGACGAGAACCCCCCUACUGGAGUGACGCAGGUGCGCACGCGGCGAGUCUUUGUUCAAAAAGAGAUUGCCUCGGUAGUGGCAACAGCAGAACAAUCCAAUUCGUUUAACCGCUCCAUGGCAGACAGCAUGGCUCUCUCGACAACGCUUUGCCGAUCUGACAACUGCAUCAGUAAUGAGGGUGUCAACGCUGCUGUUCAGACUCCCUGUUCGCCAUCUUUAGUAAACAAAGAUAUGAAAAUUUCUGAAGCAGCCACUGGCAGGGACGCGACGACUGUGAUUACAGCAGAAGACGAGAACUUCAAGGCUGAUAGAGGCGAAAAUAUCAACCAUGGGGUCGCGAAUGGUGAACUCAAAGUCAGUAAUCCAUCUGUCAUUAAGCACGAUCACGUCGAUCUGAUCGACAUCAAGGCAACAAGGUCCUCACGGGGAAUUUCUGCAUAUCUUUUAGCUCAGCGGAAUCAGUCGGGAUCGGUGACUCCGUCCUCCGCGAUUCCUUCUGGCAGACGCAAACAAUCGAUGCUGGCUCCUAUCCCCCAUUACUCCAUGCGGCAUCGUGCAGCUUUAAGCAACUUCCUCUCCAACGCUACGAAACGGAGGUCUACAGUGAUGCCUCCGGCAACGGAGGAUACAACGAUUGGGGAUCCGAAAGUCCAGGAGUCCGCAGUACACCAGGAAACCCCAGACACCGGGAAGGAUGCCAAACGCCCCUCAAAGCUUUCGGCUUUUAAACUGAACUCCAUCCCACACAUGUCAAAUCUUGAGAAACCGGAUUCCCAAAGGGUACAGUACCCGAUCACAGCCCAUCAAAUGGCGAUGUCGAAGCGCGGCCUACAGCCACGCAAGACUAUGGUGGUGUUCUUGAGCAAAUACCCGGUUGUUCGAACGGUCGGGAAAGAGAUGGAUUUUACCGUGCAGGAAACCGAGAACGAGUUCAACGAAUUUCGGUUUAACCUGUGCUGGAGUGAUACAGUUCUGAGCCUGUCACGUCUCGUGCGGCUGGGCAACUGGCAGCGUUCGAACCAUUUUCCGUCGAUGUUUUUGUUAUGUCAGAAGUCGCACCUCAGCACGACGCUUGGUCGCAUGAAGCGCAAAUUACCAAACUACUUCCAUUUCGUCCCCAACACCUGGUCCCUCGCGACGGAGCGGUUCAGCUUUCAGCAAUAUUUCAACGACCUCAAGCAACGGGGGGUGUCGAGGUACUUCAUCGUCAAACCUAGUGUUGGUUCUCAAGGUCGCGGUAUUAUCGUCACUAAUGACCCCUUGAGUGAGCUGGAAAACACAACGAACUGCGUCGUGCAGGAAUACAUUCACCGUCCCUUGCUCUUCGAAGGAAGAAAGUUCGAUCUGCGUGUGUAUGUGCUGCUCAUAGGCAUUCGAGAGCCCUCUAUUUUUAUGUUCAAUGAUGGUCUGGUACGCAUAUGCACAGAGGCGUAUGAGCCACCAAAUGCCGAGAACUCUAAAAACUCUUUCAAGCACCUGACGAAUUACGCUAUCAAUAAGCGCAGCGCAAGUUAUGUAUUUAACACUGACGUCGAUAGGGGGGAUAUAGGAAACAAGCGCAACUUCAAGUUUAUGAACAGUUGGCUGGAAAGCGAAGGACACUCGGUAGCGAAUUUCUGGGAUCGUGUAGGCUGCCUUGUGGUCAAAGCAAUCAUGUCUGCGCAACCAAAAAUUUGCCAGGUGUACGACGCCUGUUUUCCUGGCUACAAUGAAGGCUACACCUGCUUUGAGGUACUGGGGUUCGAUGUAUUGGUGGACUACAAGCUAAAGCCGUGGCUGUUGGAGGUCAAUCACACGCCAUCCUUCUCCACAGACACCCCACUGGAUCUAGAUAUCAAAGGAAGACUCCUGCGGGAGGUUUUGAGUAUCGUGGACUGCAGCUCGACUGACCGUGAACAAGACCGACGCCGCGAGCGUGAGGAGUUUACUCAGCGCAAUAUGCCACCAUGGACUAAAAACAAUGCCCAUCACUCUCAGUGGAACUAUGCAUUGAACUUACUUCGGCAGAAAGACGACGACGCAAAUAACAAAAAUAGGAAUGCUGGGACAUCCUCACCUACUGUGAGGACUAUCGUUCAACAUGUAGAUAAUGACGAUCGUAGCACAUCGACUCUCCACCCUGCUGGGAAUCAACCUGAAAGUGAUUCUGAGCUGUUUGCCGAACUUGUCAGAUUGCACAGGAAGAGAGAAGACUCAAGGUUGGUGAACUUCAAGCGCAUCUAUCCCUCAUCAAAUCCCGAAAUUCAGGAAAUUUACGACACCAUACGCAAAGUGGCAGCGGCAACCCUUAAUAAUCCCAUCGGAACGGUCAAAACCAGCUCCUCGCCUCGCUCUCAUGGGGUAUCACAGUCACCUAAGGCCGUCCACUCGACGUCGCUGAAUAUACAACACUCGUACGACUUACAACGUCCUUUACAGAAUUCGAAGGAAGGCGAGAAGGGACCUCACCACACUCUCCCCGACUGUGAUUCGGCCCCCCAAGUCACCGCCAACCGCACAUCCACCACGUUCCUAGAUACUCCACCACAUCUCCAGAAAGUUAUGCUGAAUACUAAACUAUCCGAACAACCAACAAAGAGCAAUAUUCUCACAGAAACCCCCAAGACAAGCCAACAGUCGCCAUCCCAGCUCAGUGAAAAACCGCCUGCGAGCGAGGCUGAACCAAUCAAAGCCGAUAAUGAAUGUAUAAGCAAAAUCGAUCCCCUUGGUUUAUCCAAUGGUGAUAUCCCUACCCUCCGCCCUACGACCUCCAUGAUUGCAAAUGGUGAUACCCCGCAGGGUUCCCAUCCAGCCUCAGCGAAGACGGACGGCACGGCGGAAAUCGAUGAGGUCGAACCGACACCGACGUCUCAUCCAAACGACGCCCUCCGCCCCGUAUCCCUCGAACCCCAACCGGUAUCGAAUGAAACGGCGUCGGUGCUAAACAACGAUGCAUCCCCGGCUCUGGAGGCCUCGGAUUUGCUAAGUUCACGGGUUGGAAGCCCAUGCCCUUUGGUUGACGAGGUGCAUGUCAGUGAGCCGGCAGCCUUGCAAAGCAGCACCAGGCAAUCCCUUUCCGUGAAGCAGCCCAGCAACGAAAAGUCUCCAAGGCACGUCACAGAGCGGGAGCCGAACGCGGAGGAGCUGUGCAGCUUCCAAGCUCUUCAGCGGCAAGUGAAUGUAGGUGAUCAAAAGGAUCCUACCGAAUGCGAGAGCUUUGAUCUGAGCGAUUGA